AUGGACGGCUCCGAACCUGAUCUAGAGCCAGGCUCAGCCGUUGAUGAAGAAAUGCAACAGAAGAUCAUAAAUGAAGAGUACAAAACUUGGAAGAAAAAUAGUCCGUUCCUUUACGAUAUGAUUCUGAGCACUGCGUUAGAAUGGCCAACAUUGACGACCCAAUGGUUUCCUGACAUUAAACAGCCCCCAGAAAAAAAUUAUACUGUUCAUCGUUUAUUAAUUGGAACACAUACAUCGAGCGGUCAAGACAACUAUCUACAAAUUGCCAACGUUGAGAUCCCCAAGAACCUUACACCAAAUCAGAAUGAAUACGAUGAAGCUAAGGGUGAGUUUGGCGGUUAUGCCUCUAGUGGGGAACAGCCAACCAUAAGGAUGAACAUUGAACAGAAGAUUGAUCAUCCCGGGGAGGUUAAUAAGGCUAGAUAUCAACCUCAAAAUAUCAACAUCAUUGCUACAAUGUGCAACGAUGGAAGAAUAUUGAUAUUUGAUCGCACUAAACAUAGCAGUAUUCCUAACGGGACCGUCACUCCCCAAAUUGAACUCACAGGUCAUUCAUCAGAAGGAUUCGCCCUGUGCUGGAAUCCCACGGAAGAAGGUAAGCUGGCUACAGGAAGCAAUGAUACCACGGUUAGGCUCUGGGAUCUGCAUACUAUCAGUACUCUCAAGGCCCCAAAAAUCAAAUGUUCAGGAAUUUACGAACACCAUACUGCCGUUGUGAAUGAUGUACAAUAUCACCCAGCUCACGCGUCGUUGAUUGGGACUGUCUCGGAUGACCUUACCCUUCAGAUCCUUGAUACAAGGAAUCAAGCGCAUGAAUCUGUUCUUAGCAAUCGAGACGGACACACUGACGCCAUAAACGCCUUAGCCUUCAACCACUCUUCUGAAUUUCUUCUUGCAACUGCAUCACAUGAUAAAUCAAUCGGUAUCUGGGAUUUGAGAAAUCUUUCGUCCAAAGUACAUUCUUUAGAGGGCCAUAUUGAUGCUGUAACCUCUCUCGCAUGGCAUCCAACCGAGACAUCUAUUCUUGGAAGUGGCAGUUAUGAUCGUCGAAUUAUAUUUUGGGAUCUAAGCCGAAUCGGAGAAGAACAACUGCCAGAUGACUUAGAUGAUGGGCCACCUGAGCUUCUUUUCAUGCAUGGAGGUCAUACAAACCAUCUUUCUGAUUUUAGUUGGAAUCUGAAUGAACCCUGGCUCGUAUGUAGCGCUGCGGAAGACAAUCUCGUACAAAUUUGGAAGGUUGCAGAAGCUAUUGUUGGAAGAGAUAUUGGUGACGUGCUUGCAGAGGAACUCGAGCAGUAG